UGAAGACCAUGGAGAAGAGACUCCCUCCACCGGAUCCUGCUGUAGUUUAGGCGACGCCUGUAUGUAUGGCACAGGGACCCAAUUAACCCGUGGAUUGAAGAAUCAUGGGUAACCUCAUUAGCAGACCUAGCUGUUUGGGACAAAAGUCCAAACAAGUUAAGUCAGAGGAGAGCGUCUUCAAAGAGUGCUACCAGCAACGGAGAGAAUGGCCGCUCCCAGAGCCUCCUAGAGAAGAAACAAGGAAAGAGAACGUGGAAGAGGUUCUUCGACAAACUCCAACACCGGACAAGCAGAGGAGUUCCCCAGCCCCUACUGUCACUACAACCAGCACUCUGGACAAUGCCUGGCGAAGCACUCCGUCCCCGGUAAAAACACCACGAAAUGGGUCUUUGCCCAGAAUGUGUAAUAUUCCAGAGUACAGAAGAUCCCCCCUGAGUCAGUAUGGAUCCGUGGACAGGAGAGCCAGCCUGCAGAGAAAGGAUUCUGGAAGUCCCUGGUCCUGGAAGCCUCUGAACACUCGAGAGGUUACUGAAGUCACAGAGGUGACAGAGACAAUUGUUACCGAGAUUGUAGAGGUGACAGAGUAUCCUAGUGCGGGGAAAGGAGGUGACCCUAUUGUUACUAGAACUGUUAGAGUCCUUACUGGAGCUGCUGAGGAACUUGCAGAGCUGCAGAGUGAUGGUCAAUCAAGUUCAGACCAGGAAUCAAGUCUAGAUCAAUGGAAGGAUGGCAGAAGUGUUUUGGCUCUGAAAGAUGAGUUCAGGGAUCCGCUGAAAUUCCAGCAAAAUCUGGAAACGCUGCUGACGUGGGUCUGCGAGAUUGAGGAGCUGACAGCCAAUCAAAAACCACCAUCCUCAGAGUUUAAAGUGGUGAAAGCGCAGCUGCAAGAACAGAAGCUCUUACAGCGCCUCCUAGAGGACAGGAGACCAAGUAUGGAGACCAUGAUGCAGGAGGGUCCACACCUGGCAGAGGGGCUUCAGGGAAAUGACAGUGAAAAGACCAAAGUGCAGCUUGCACAGCUCGAGCUCAAGUGGGAGGCUCUACUUCAGGGCGCCAACAGCAGACACAGGACUCUGGAGGACAUUCUGCCAAGAGCUCAGCUAUUUCAGGAGAGGACAGACAGACUUCAGCAAUGGCUUAUAUCUGUGGAUCAGGACUUAGCUGAGCUCCGCUCUGCAGAGAGAGCGAUGCUCCAUCUGCAAGAAGCCACAGGACAGGCCAAGGCAGUCAUGGAAGAGAUAAAAGCUAAGAGUGUCGACCUGGGGAAACUCCAACAAUGUGCUCAUGAGCUCAUGGAGAAGAUUUCAGAGGAGGAAACCCAGCUGGUGCAGGAGCGGGUAGACAGUCUGCGUAUCCGGUACUCAGUGAUGAGUCUGGGUAGUGCUGAUGUCCUGCAGAGGCUGGAACAGGCUUUGGAGGCAUCUAGUCGAUGUACCUCCAGUCAGGAAGACCUCCACCUGUGGCUUGGUCGAAUCGAGAGAGAGCUGCUGGCUCCUGCUGCCCAGACUGAGACUGGAGAUGCAGUCUUGUGUUCUUCUGAGAGACAGAAGCUGGAACAGGCUGUUGAGAAAGAGUUGGCUUGGUUUAGAGACACCUCACUGGCACUGGAGGAGCUCAGAGCCAUUAAUCUGGACCCAGACAUCAUUGCAUCCGAGCUCAAUGAGCAGAAAAUACUUGCUGUGGAGAUUCUGCAGCACAAGUUUAACAUUGAGAAAAUGGUGAAGAUUUUGGAACUCCUGCAGAUGUACACUGAGGAUGGGGAGACACUGAGACUCCAGUCUUCCCUGGACACCUUACAGGAGCAGUGCCAGGUCACUACUGCCACUAAUUCCCAAGUCUUGCUUCAACUGGAGCAUGCUCAGUCGCUCUUGUCUCAGUUCUCAGAGGGCUAUGCUGAGGUGUUACCAUGGUUACAGGAAACCAAAGCCCUUAUUGGCCAGUUUACCCUAAACACCAUCAGCUACGAGGCUUUCCGAGAACAACAGGACCUCUUACAGGGCAUCAGGGAGUCCAUAGCAGAGCACAAGCCACUGAUAGCACGGCUGAUCAUGCUGGCCCAGCGUCUAUCAGACCUGAAUGCAGUUCAGGGAGAGGAGUUCUGCCAGAAAGCCAGGGACACUGAAGAGCAGCAUCUGGCCAUCAGAGACAGGGUUCGAGAAGCUGCUGGAGUACUGGAGGAGUCUCUGCCCCGCUAUACACAGCUGAAUGAGAGGAUGACUCUGAUCGGAGAGAGAGUGGAGCGUCUGUGUAGUCACCUGCAGGCCUCAAUGGCUCUUCAAGGCCUCUCCCCACGAAUUCAAGAGCAGCUACAGGACAACAAGCACACAUUGUCUGAGCUCUCAAAAAUGGAUCUGGACCUCAGCAGUGUGAGGACACAGGCUCAAGAGCUCCUGACCAACACAGGGGCUCUUGGGGACAGUUCCAUUGGCACAGCUAUUCAAGACCGGGUUUGCAGUCUAACAAGCCGCUGGGAGGAGGCUCAAAGACAAGCUCAGGAGAGGGAGAAGUGGCUUCUCAAUCUCCUGGAUCUGGCAGUCAGGUUCUGGAAUGAUGUGAGUGACAUGACAUCUGGACUGAAUGAUGCCCAGCAAGCUGUUCUGGACCUCAACUCCAGUCGAUCAGAUUCAGAAACCAUCCGACAGAGCCUGGAGACCAUGCAGACACUCAGGGAGGACAUUGAUUCUCUGCAAGGUGACCUGGACACACUAGGAAUUCUGGGAAUGGAACUCAUGUCAGCUUGUGGUGACACAGACAAGCCAGAGGUCACCAAAAGUUUGGAUGAGCUUUAUGGCACGUGGAACAAUCUCAGUAAGAUCUGGACAGAGUGCAACAGUAAGUUAGAAGAAUGUUUACGAAUGGCUCUCCAUUAUCAGGACAGUAUGCAGGGACUCUUUGAGUGGCUGAAGUCUGCAGAGCUGAAAUCCACCGAGGAGUUCUCAGUGGGAUCUGACCUGGGAUCAGUUAAAGAGCAGCUAUGUGACCUGAAGGAAUUUAAGCGAGAGCUCUAUCAGAAGAAGAUCGAGAUUGAGAGUCUAAACCAUCGCUUUGUGUGUCGCCUUUCCCCGGGCACUGAGCGACCUGGGUCCAUCUCUCCACUGUGUGACUUCCGUCAGCGAUGGGACAACUUGGAGUCAGAGACUGUCAGCAGACAGCACCAGUUGGAGUGUGCACUGCUGGGCUUGGGUCAGUUUCAGAACACUCUUGAUGAGUUGCACGCCUGGCUCUCCCACACGGCAGACCUACUGCAAGCCUCUCAGCCAAUCAGCAUUGACCUGCAAACCUGUGAGAUAGAGCUAGCCAAGCACAAGGUUCUGCGGAAUGAUGUGAUGUCCCAUGUGCACACGGUAGUCAUGGAGAUCCAGGAUCUCCUGCAGUGGCUGGAGCACACAGACCUGAGGCUCUCGUCCAGUAAGACCGUGUGGGGAAUGCCAGACUCUGCCAACGAGAGACUGAACGUUCAUUUGGAGUUGUGUAAUGAGAUGGAUUCUAAAAUGCACGCUUACACAAAUGUGCGCAACGCCAUCCACAGGAUGCUGGAGGGACGUGAAGUGGCCCGGGGCUCCGGCACAGAGCAUAGCUUAUGCAUACUGGAGCAGAAGUGGAGCACUGUCUACGCUAAAAUGCAAGAAAGAAAGCCAUCUACAGGCUUACAACAUAUAAAAUGUGCCAAAAGACAUGCUAAACAGUUCAGUGAAUCAUGGCACUUGCUGGUGGACUGGAUGACGGAGGUUGAACAGACGCUGGACACACACAAAGAGAUCGCAGUGUCACAGGAAGAGAUCAAACAGCAGCUCACUGAACAAAAGGAGUUCCAGAAGCUGCUCCGCUCGAAGCGGCCGAUGUACGAGGCCUGUCUGAAGAGUGGCCGCUCGCUGCAGGAGAAAGCCCAGAGUCCUGAAGACACGCAGCACCUGGAGAACAUGGUGUCUGAGCUCAGAGACUCAUGGGACACCAUCAGCGGCAAAUCCAGCGAGAGGCAACACAAGCUGGAAGAGGCUCUGCUGUUUUCAGGCAGAUUCACUGAUGCUCUGCAGGCUCUUAAUGACUGGCUGUACAGAGCCGAGCCACAGCUGGCUGAAGAUGUGUCUGUCUGUGGUGAAAAAGACCUGGUCAGCAAUCUGAUUGACAAGCACAAGGUGUUCCAGCGGGAGCUCGGGAAGCGUGCCAGCUGUAUCCGCACGCUGAAGCGCUCGGUCAGGGAUCUGACGCGGAGCAGCACGGCCGAUGCACACUGGCUGCAGGAGCAGAUGGAGGAGCUGGAGGGCCGCUGGGAGGCCGUGUGUAAACUCUCUGUGUCCAGACAGACUCGACUAGAGGCCGCGCUGCAACAGGCGGAAGAGUUCGAUGGAAUGGUUCACUCGUUCCUGGAUCAUCUUUGGGAUGUUGAGAGGGUCCUGAAGUACGGAGUGCUGCCUGAGGAAGACGAGGCUCUUCUGGCAUUUCUUACCUGUCAUCAGGAGUCGAUGAGUUUCUUGAACACUCAGCAGACGGCGCUAGAAAACAUUCACACACUGGGCGAGGAGAUUCUGUCCUCCUGCCAUCCGGACUCUGUCAUCACCAUCAAAUCAUGGAUCAGCAUCACAAAGACUCGCUAUGAAGAGGUCCAGACGUGGGCGAAGCAGCAGGCCGAGAGGAUCCAGACCACACUGUCUGCUCUGGAGGCAGAGAGAGAGGAGAUCCAGAGAUUACUGGCCUGGAUCUCCUCCGCUGAAGAGUCUCUCAAUCUGAAGGAGCAGGAGCCGCUGCCUGAAGACCUAGAGCUCUCUGCAGAUCUCAUCACUCAGCACACGGAUUUCAUGGAUGAGAUGAAAGGGAAGGUACCAGAAAUUGAAAAUGCCACAAAAUCCUGUAAACACAAGCUGGUUCCCAAGCAGCAGGUUUCCCCCAGUCGCAAAGCACCAGCAAAGAGGAGAGGCACAGCGAAGCCCCCGCUGUCUGUUCCUCUUCCACUGGAGAAACUGGACCCUCAGACACCCGUGAUGAGUCAGCUGGUGAGUCAGUGGAGGAAACUCUGGCUCCUGGCCCACGGCAGACAGAGCAGACUAGAGGAACAUCUGCAGAGGCUGAAAGAGCUGGAGGAGUUCGCUAAUUUUGACUUCAACAUCUGGCGGAAAAGAUACAUGCAGUGGAUAAGUCACCUCAAAUCCCGGAUACUGGAUGUUUUUCGUAGCAUUGAUCGCGAUCAGGAUGGACGAAUCACUCACAAGGAGUUCAUCAGCAGCGUUCUGGCCUCUAAAUUUCCCACCAACUCCCUGGAAAUGACUGCGGUUGCUAACAUAUUUGAUGUUAACGGUGAUGGAUUCAUUGACUACUAUGAAUUUGUGAGUGCCCUCCAUCCAAGCCGAGACCCUUACAGAAAGACGAUAGAUGCAGACCAAAUCAAUGAGGAGGUGAGCCGUCAGGUCUCUCAAUGCAACUGUCCAAAGAGAUUUCAAGUAGAGCAAAUAAGCGCAAAUCGCUACAGGUUUGGAGACUCUCAGCAGUUGCGGAUGGUUCGUAUUCUCAGAAGCACUCUGAUGGUUCGAGUUGGUGGUGGAUGGACGGCGUUAGAUGAGUUUCUAGUGAAGAAUGACCCCUGUAGAGUAAAGGGACGCACAAACCUGAAGAUAAAGGAGAAGUAUCUCUCUCCGGACGCGUUCGAGGCGUCGGGCCGCAGAGGCAGCGCUAAAGGCCUGACCGUCAGCAGAUCUAACUCCAGCCUGAGUUUAUACAGCAGCGCUUCGGCUCCCAGCAGCCCGCUGACACGCAAGGCAUUGCUACGCAGAAGUUUCUCUGGUGAGAGGUGCAUUCGACCCAGGAGCUCUAUUGCAGCAUUAGGGAUCGACCAUUUCUCUGCCGACAUCGACUCACCUUCACCUACAGGUUAA